ACUUCGUGUUCAUGCUCGCUGCAGGGGUCGGAGGUCAGGGCGAGCGUCUCGCGGGCCGUAGGAGGAAGAUGGCGGUGGAAUCGCGCGUUACCCAGGAGGAAAUUAAGAAGGAGCCAGAGAAGCCAAUCGACCGCGAGAAGACAUGCCCGCUGCUGCUGCGGGUCUUCACCACCAAUAACGGCCGCCACCACCGAAUGGACGAGUUCUCCCGGGGAAACGUACCGUCCAGCGAGUUGCAGAUCUACACUUGGAUGGAUGCAACCUUGAAAGAACUGACAAGCUUAGUAAAAGAAGUCUACCCAGAAGCUAGAAAGAAGGGCACUCACUUCAAUUUUGCAAUCGUUUUUACAGAUGUUAAAAGACCUGGCUAUCGAGUUAAGGAGAUUGGCAGCACCAUGUCUGGCAGAAAGGGGACUGAUGAUUCCAUGACGCUGCAGUCGCAGAAGUUCCAGAUAGGGGAUUACCUGGACAUAGCAAUCACCCCUCCAAACCGGGCGCCCCCCCCUUCAGGGCGCAUGAGGCCGUAUUAAAUUAUUUCUUGAACUUAUUUUUCAGUCAGUUGUGUAAAAUAAACUUUUCCUCCCCUGAUUAUUGCCAUUAAGCCUUUAAAUUCCAAACAACUUAUCAUGCAUCAUCUAUUUAGGAAUUAGAUUUGGAUGUGCUAUCGUAUGAUUACUAAUAGAAAGUCCGUAUGUUUUAAACCCUUCUGUAAAAUAUGAAGAAAAGUGCUCUUAGCAUUCUGUGUAAAACUGUACUGUUAAAUAGAUGUAUGUAAUCAG